AUGCAACAAGGUAAGCGAUCGGAUUUCGAGUUUGGGAAAAGAAUCGGAGGCGGUCGAUUCAGCGACGUGUACAGAUGUAUCGCGAAAAAUAUCAGUGGACUCGAAGGCUUGGAAGUGGCCAUCAAAGUGGUCGAACCGGAAGACGAUGUUCCUCCCCAUAAUGUUCGAAACGAAUUAAAACUACUCCAAAAGCUGGCGGAGAGUCGCAUCACAGACGGGACAGCGCAAAAUGUUGUUCCCUUACUUGCUUUUUUCCAAAGCUCGAUCGAAAUCGGACUGGUCUUCCCUUUGUACACCGUUGAUCUACACGGCGUGAUGGCCCAUUAUACAAAAUAUAGAUCGAAUUUUAACCUUGAGGACGGAUCCAUCACGAAAAAGGCUCAAAAUAACCUUUCAAUUGCACAAAUUAAACGAAUAUUCACAGGACUCCUACGAGGACUUGCAUUCAUCCAUCGUAACGGUAUUAUUCACAGAGAUAUCAACCCGAACAAUAUCAUGUUCGAGUCAACAGAAAACUUGCAACCGGUCAUCAUCGACUUUGGAAUCAGUUACCAGGAACCAAACAACAACGGACUCGAAAAACCAGACUCCAAAAUCACAGAUAUCGCAACAGGAUACUAUAAGGCACCAGAGCUGCUGUUGUCGGUCAGAAACUACACCAACAAGGUGGAUAUCUGGUCUGCCGGAGUGAUUCUGAUGCUCAUUGCUAGUCAGGGUUUCACCACACCGUACUCCACAGACUCUGCACACAGCGACCUGGCCCUUCUGGCAUCCAUCUUCAACACCUUUGGAACUCCUCCAGAGGACUGGGAAGAAGUCAAGUCUUCCCGUUCGUACACAGCGAUGAACGCUGCAUUUUUCAAAAAAGAGCGUACACCAGCCGAUAACCUGUUAUCCAAACUCAAGGACAACAAACAUUUCAUCCAGGUCUUCAACGACAUGAUGGUGUACGAAAGCUCCAAAAGAAUCGCCGCGACCGAGGCACUAGCUCAACUAGAAAAUAGCAUCGAUUAA